AUGUGGCCCAGACAACGUGAGGUCCAAUGUGACCCUCACCGAAGGCGCAGAAUCCUAUCGCCCCUAGCGGCCAACACCGAAAACACCCUUGAGAUGUCAUUCACAUCAGACCCCGACGAGAAAGUGACUGAUCACCGAUUCGAGAGGAAAAUGGUCACUAUUGCCCCUUCAGCGCCGACCGGGAAAAGACCUAUCCGAAAACCCACUGUAUCAGUCCAGAGAGCCCUUCGGAAGUUGCAACAGAGUGAUCUCGUGGAUUUACUCAACGAUGUGCAAGAAGAAAGAAUAACGCUGGUCCACUCCACAAGGGUGGUGGAGCCGGGCUCUGUUGCGACCUAUUUCCAUUCUCCGUCAUCGUUCACUUUCUUCUUCUACCACUAUCCAGGCUCACAUGCAAUACUCUUGAUUUGGACGCAAUGGGAAGGGGCGGUGUCGGUCAAGAACAUCGCACUGCAAAGGUAUGUGCUGCUUGACAUAUUCGCCAUCGCGGAGGGAGAGGGCACCAAGGUCAUGCAAACGGUAGGAACGAUCCGCACCGAUAUAAGAGACGAAGCUCACACGUUGCAGAUGAAGGUUCAAGGAGUCAAUCAGAUUGAUGCAGAUCGCUUGAAAGAGGAGGCUUUCGCCAGACAAGACACGUCAAUCCCCGAGGUGUUUGGCCAGGUGAAUGCUGACUCCGAGUACAAUUAUCGACCUUUUCGAAAGGUGUGGUUUGCUAUAGCCCUAUGCGACCAUAGUGCCUUUAUGCUCUCUAUGGCCAAUGCCGCUAUGUUUUUGGAUGAAGCACGCAAUCCAGGCACCUUUCAGUAUGAAGAUAGUGCAGAAGCCCUUAGGUACUAUGGCCAGUGCGUAGAGCAAAUCACAGCGCGUCUCUCCAACCCUGAAGACUGCACCAGUGAAGGGGUCAUCACAACCAUUCUCGGUCUUAUCUGUCAUGAUUUGUAUGUAGGAACGCUAGAUCGUUGGGCGUUUCAUGUACGUGGUCUUGCACAGCUAGCUAGGCUUCGAGGUGGCUUCCAUGGAAUGAGCAAGGACAUUCAACUGUUCGCUUGCUGGUUCGAUGUGAUGGGAUCGGUGGUUCGAGAUCAGCGACCGCAAUUAGUCGGGUAUCAUCAAUAUUCUGCGACUGAAAGCACACAAUCAGAUCCACAGAGUAUGAGCCUCCACGCUAUUUCUCAUGAAGCCACAGCCACACCUCCUGAGUUGGCUGGUGUUUUAGAAACACUGAAGCAAAGUGCGGUGAUAGCCGAGUUUGUGAACACUCACUCCGAUCACCCAGAGUUCUGGAGAACAGAGGCCGACUUGACACCUCUUCAAAUGCUGGGACCUAUCAUGAACCAAUUGCUGUCUCUACCAAGAUGUGAAUAUCCGACGGCAAGCCCUUAUGAAAUAGUCCGAGAAUUGGCGCGGCUCAGCCUGCUCAUUCUGACAUCUGAGCUCAGAAGAUUUUACGGAAUGAGUGCACCCGAGAUCUCGUUGUUGAAUGCAAAGAUCUACAAACUAUUAAAGUUCAUCGAAGCUAGGCAGGAGAAGAUCUUGAUGCCAAAGCUGCAGCUGUGGGCAAUUAUUACCGCGGCUCUGUUUCAGAAAUCAGAAAUGAGGAUGAAAAGUUACGUUCAAUUAAUAUCCUUGAGGAUGGCGAUGAUGGAUAUUCGGGAUGGAAAUGCCGCAGUACAACUUUCUCGCAGAAUCGUUUGGAUCGAUGUGGUAGCAAGUCAAGCUACUGUUCACAAUUUGAUAUCCAUGAUAGACGCUUACCAAUCAAAAGACAUUUGA